UUUAUACAUUUCCCUUUUGUAUUUUUAUUGUUUUCCCUUUUAUUUUUAUUGUUCCCCCUUUUUAUACUGCUUUUCCUUUCGUUUCCCCCCCUUUAUAUAUUUUUCCUUCAAUUUCCCCCUUUUUAUAGAUUCUCCCUUCAAAUUUUAUCCCCUUUUUACAUAUUUCCCCUUCGACUUUCCCCCCAUUUUAGAGGUUUUACCUCCAAUUUCCCCCACCUUUUUGUAGAUUUUACUUUCAGAUGUUCCCCCUUUUAUAGGUUUCCCUUUCAAUUUUCCCCCCUUUUAUAGAUUUCCCCUUCAAAUUUGCCCCCCUUUUGUAGAUUUCCCCUUCAAUUUUCCCCCCCCUUUUAUAGAUUUCCCCUUUGUUUUUUCUCCCAUUUCAUAGAUAACCCCUUCAAAACCCUCCUCUUUUAUACAUUUCCCUUCCGACUUUUCCCCCUUUCAUAUCCUUCCCCUUCCUAUUCCCCCCUUUCCCCCAUUUCCCCUUCAAAUCCCCCCCUCGCAUAGACUCCCCUUCAAAUUUCCCCCCUUAUCCAUACCUCCCCUUCACAUUUCCCCCUUCUAUCAAUUUCCCCUUGGCUUUUUCUCCCCGUUUACGUAUCCCCCCCCGCCCUCCCCGUCCCACCUUUCCCCUCCUCUCCCCCCCAGCCCCGCAGCGGGUGCGAUGAGCAGCGGGCUGGUGCUGCGCGCCCCGCUCCCCGAGGACGCCUCGGCGUUCACCCCGCUCAAACCCGUCACCAUGUCGGGGGAGCCCGGCGAGGACGCCUCCGUCUUCGAGGACAUCAAGCCGCCCGCCCGGGCCCUGGACAACCCUCCCGACCUGGCGCAGGGACGAUCCGAGAUGGACAAGUACCUCUCCAGCCAGGUGCCUCCCGUCCCCAUGAUGCCGGACAAGAAGUACCGCCGGGAGAGCGCCUCGGUGGUGGAUGAGUUCUUCUCCUCCGAGAAGCCCAGCUCCACGCCGUACAGCGUGAACAUCAACGUCAUCCUGCCCGACACCACGCACUUGCGCACGGGACUUUACCGGCCCCCCAAGCCCCUCACCCCCUUCCCGCAGAUCAAGACGGAGCCCGGCACCAGCUUCGCCCAGCCCUGCUCCUCCACCGCGGGCUCCACGCAGACCCUGCCCGACUUCACCAGCGUCUUCAGCAUGCCCCAGUCCGUGGCCGUCAACAACAUCUUCAUCAAGCAGGAGAUGCCCUCUGAGAUGCCGCUGUCCAGCAGCCCGCAGCAAGCCCAGCUUUACCAGCUGCCUCUUGGCAGUGGCACCGCUGACCUGACCCCGCUGACCCCCUCCUCCAACAGCACCACAGCCAUCAACAGCCUGAGCGGCGUCACCAUGUCCACAGGUAACGCCAUGUCCAGUGUGCUCCACAGAGCCGGAGGGCCGGUUAAGCAGUACCCACAUGUCUCCCAAGGACAGGGAAACUUCAGCAUCUCAGGGCAGUUUUACCCCGUGCCGGGGGUGAACCUGCCCCCUUCGCCCCCCAACUCGCAGCCCGGCAGCCCAGAAAAUCAACCAGAGCUCAUCAACACCAUCUCUCCCCCACCAUCCUACGAAGCCACUUUUGGACUGAAGCUGGUCCAGUCAUCCCAGGUCCCCCCAGUCCCCAACAGCCUUGGGAGCCUCUCCCAAGGGCACAUUGUCAUGCAGCCCCCCAAAUACAACAGACGCAACAACCCUGAGCUGGAGAAAAGGAGGAUCCACCACUGCGAUUACCCAGGUUGCACAAAGGUUUAUACCAAGAGCUCCCACCUGAAGGCGCACCAAAGGACUCACACAGGCGAGAAGCCCUACAAGUGCACCUGGGAAGGCUGCGACUGGCGCUUCGCCCGCUCCGACGAGCUGACCCGGCACUACCGCAAGCACACGGGCGCCAAACCCUUCAAGUGCAUGGCCUGCGGCCGCUGCUUCUCCCGCUCCGACCACCUGGCCCUCCACAUGAAGCGGCACCAGAACUAGGGGGCCACCGCCACCGCCACGUCUCCGAGAGCAGCUGGGAACUCUUCCCCGAGGGGACCUCUCCUCCGCUUGUACAUAGGAACAACCCCACGCUGAGAUCAACCGGCAGGGCAGCGAGCGAGCCCCGUCCCCGCUGUUCCUGGUUUUAAAAGAAAUCUCAUUAAAAAGAAAUGAUAAUUAGACUGAUCUUGCGACGAGGCUCCCUGCAGCACUGGGGCGAUGGGCCUUGGAUGGCAAAGGGCUUUCUUCCAGCAAACCUGCUAUUUAUUUGUCACUUGGGAGCAGCUGUCCUUCGCAUCCUGAGCUCGUGGGGACGUUUUGCCCCUCUCGGGUGGUGCCUUUGGGGAGCCCGAGGAGGGCUGGGAUGGGCUGGUGGGCCUGGGAGGUGCCACCAUCGGUGCCACCCUCUUGGACUGCCCCGUGUCAUGGCUGUGGAUGGCACUGGUGAUGCGCAGGAGCGGGGCUGCUUGGGUUGACAACCCCAGUGUCUCUGGGGGCAUGGAAGAAAGCAUGAAGUACUGACCUGACGUGCCUUCAAGCAAGGGACGGCGCAGAAGCGGGUGACAAAAGCUCUGUCCCAUCGAGCCCACCCCUGGUUUGCUGGCCACCAGCUGUGAGUGCCAGGUUUCCUGGUUGUGUCCUUAGCAUUUCCACUUCCAAUACGAAAUGUGACUCCGGGGGACUCUGGGAGGACCAGGGUGGGUCUUGGAGCAGAAGACCCACCCGUAAGCCCUGGCUUCCCAGAACACGCCGUGCCUCUCCUCCAGCGGGCAGCUUCUGCCCCUGCCUUCACCACGCACACGAAGACCCAGUCGUUGCCAAUCACUGACGGUGCACUGUCGCCGUUUCACCAAGUUCAUACAGAAAGGGAAGAGGAAAAAAAAAAACAAACAGGCAUCUUCAUAACAAAUUCCGAUAAAUCCUGCUGUUCAGACUGUGAUCGUGUUACCUACCUCACCGGCUCCCUGCCCCGGGCUCUGCAAGGCACUGUCCUCCUCUUCCUUGGGUGCUGUGAUGCGUGGGGCACCUCAGCUCCUCUUCAAAGCCUACCAGGGGUGAAGCAUGGGCAGAACAAGGACCAGGCCAUGCCAGUUUAACCAGCAGCCAUGGAGGUAAUAAAUAAAUCAGGAACAAAUAAACGGGCCCGGCGUGCUCAACAGAAUAUUGAUUUCCACCUCCACCCCCUCCCAGCUCCCCUUUUGUUCUUCCUUGAACAAAUGGAAGGGACAUGCGGGUGGAGGUGUCUCCUUGCCAGGAACCGACCCGCAGCAUCUUCAGGCGGUGGAAAUGUGAAGGAAGGGCCCCAGCUGCAGGUUAGCCAAAAUCCGCGGCCAGGUUCCUGGUGGCUCUUUGCCUUCGAUGAGUAAAGCUGGUCCCACCUGCGGCGCACACAGCCCGUCCUGCCGUGCCAGGAGGAAGAGGUUGAAGCUUUUGGGAUGAUGUGGCAUGGCAUGAGCCUGGCAGCAGUGAGGUCUUUGUGUGAGCACGGUGUCGUCCUCCUCCUGUCCCGUGGCACCCAGCAGGAAGGGGUGGAGGGGUGAGGUGCACCCCGGCGCACUGAAUUGGCGGGUGACUUGCCAGGCUUCCUCGGUGCUGAGGCUGGGAACGGGCUUGUCCCCUCUCCACCUUGUAGGCUGUGGGGUCUCCACCUGCACUGGGGUCUGGGAGGAGCACUGGUUUCCCCUCUAGCUUCUAUUUGGAGACCCACAGAGCAGGGUCAGGGCAGAGGGGGAAGUCCUUGCCUAUGGAAACCCCCCUCUGGCACAAACACGGCGGUGUUUCUCCUUUCUUGGGUGGGUUGAGCUCACCCCAAAGGAAUCCAGGGUAGUGCAGGAGAUGCCCCAGCCAGCCGCUGCCAGUGUCUACAGGCUCGGUGGGGCUGGUGGGAACCCAACGCCACCGUGCUGGGACCAGUCCUGUCCUCAUCCCCCUGCUGCGUGCUGUGACCGCCAGCCUCCAGGCGAGGCUGAACCUCCCAGUGUCACCUCAUGUGCCCUCCCGGAGGGGUUUCAUUGCCUCCCCUUUUAUUUUGGGGAGACAAACCUCCAGCCACCGCCACUUCCAGCUCUCGGGGUGCAAAACCCGUUUGCUGGCGAAGAGCGAAAGCCAAACCAAGCAACAGGCAGCUUUAAGUCUUUAGGGGAAUUUGGAAUAAUUUUCCCAAUGAUCCUGUGUUUUUGUUUUUGUUUUUUUACUACAGAAAAAAAUGCACCUGCUCAUCCUCACAUAGAUAUAUAUAUAUAUAUUUGUUGUAUUUGAGAUUAUUUUUUGAUGAGGGGAUGGCAGGGGAAGACGUGUCUUAACGCAAACCCCACCCCUGUGCAGCUCUGCACCUCUGGUCCGCAUGCAAAAUGCUGCCAUGCAAAUGUUUUACUAGCGCAAAGGCAACACUCAAUAACAAAGGAAAGAGUCCACAGCAACGCCUCGGCUUUUAUUCCCCCAUUUCUGCCUCCAACCAUGCACUCGGUGCUGCCCGUGAGCCCCAGCAGCUGGGGCAGGUGGGAGGGAUGCGGAGGGAGGGCACGCAGGUGGCACUGGGGAAGGUUUGUGACCCCGGGGGUCUUCUCCUGUGACAUUUCCAUGCUUUGUGCAGAACAAACCUGGCUUUUGGCAGCCGGGAGGCGCUUGUAUCAUAGCAGAAAGAGGCUGUAAAUAGGAAAGCACCGCAUCGCUUGGCGGGGCUGUGCGGGCUGGACUUGAUCGUUCACUGCCCGAGACGAGCACAGCGAGAAAAAAUGUUUGGGACCUGGAAAACUUGGGUAGAAGGUUUAUUUUUCCAGUGAUGCUUUUUGUUUGUUACACAGCCCCCCAACUCCGAAACUCCCUACGACUUUUAAUCUAUCUAAUAUUUUGUAAUAAAAUUUUAUCACAUGGCGA